GAAGCACUAAAUGCAUGCAGUGGACGUUAGCACCUAGCUCAAUGGUUGUUACUUAUAGAGUUGGAAAAUAGUUUUUUUAAGUCAUGUAACUAUCGAUCGAUAAUUGUUCUCAAACAGCUUCCUUACUUCAUCAUUCUUCGUCACUUUAUAUAUAUAGAGAGAGAGAAUCACGAAGUUAUGGCAGAGGAAAAACUCAAAAAAGAAGAAACUCUCGCCAUGAGACGUAGGUUGAUCGGCCAGUCGUGCAGACUAUUUUAUUCAGACGACCCAGUGAAAAUAGUGAGAGGAAGAGGACAAUAUCUUUUCGACGAAAACGGAAAACGCUAUUUGGACUGCAUUAGUAACGUCCAACAUGUGGGUCACUGUCACUCGGCCGUGAACAAGGCUGCAGCCGCACAAAUGGAGAUGCUGAACAUAAAUGCUCGAUUCCUUCAUGACAACAUAGUCCUGUAUGCAGACCGCCUCGCUGCCACCUUGCCUGAGAAAUUGUCUGUCUUCUAUUUUGUUAACUCUGGUUCAGAAGCGAAUGAUCUGGCCCUCCGCUUGGCACAACAAUACACCCAAAACCAGGAUGUCAUAGUGCUGGAGCAUGCAUACCACGGGCAUCUCACGUCCCUUAUCGACAUUAGUCCGUACAAGUUCCAAAAACUGGCCGGUCAGAAAGAAUGGGUUCAUGUGGCACCCUUACCAGACACCUACAGAGGCAUAUACAGAGAGGACCAUCCCAACCCAGGCCAAGCAUACGCUGAUACAGUAAAAGGUCUAAUAGAAGAGAUCCACAGGAAAGGCCGUAAGAUCUCAGCCUUCUUUGCUGAAUCGUUGCCGAGUGUGGGAGGACAGAUUAUCUUUCCCCAGGGAUACUCUGCUAAAGUUGCAGAAUAUGUGCGGUCAGCUGGUGGAGUUUUUGUGGCAGAUGAAGUGCAGACAGGUUUUGGAAGAGUCGGGAGCCAUUUUUGGGCUUUCCAGCUGCAGGGAGAGGAUUUCUGUCCUGACAUAGUGACCAUGGGAAAACCAAUGGGCAAUGGUCAUCCCCUGGCAUGUGUGGCAACUACCAUGGACAUAGCUGGAGCUUUCACAGCGAAUGGAGUGGAGUACUUCAAUACGUUUGGAGGGAAUCCAGUGUCGUGUGCCAUUGGCAUGGCCGUUCUUGAUGUGAUAGAAGAGGAAGACCUCCGAGGAAAUGCCCGAAGGGUGGGAUUGCAUCUUAAAGACUUGCUCACAAAACUUAAAGAAAGACAUGAAAUAAUUGGAGAUGUCAGAGGUGCAGGACUGUUUGUGGGACUUGAGCUGGUUACAGACAGAGAGAGGACUCCUGCCACUAAGACUGCAGCAUGGGUGGUGAAGAGGUUGAAGAAGGAUGAUCGAAUCUGUGUCAGUACAGACGGCCCCUGGGAGAAUGUCUUGAAAUUUAAGCCUCCAAUGUGCUUCAGCACUGAGGAUGCAGAACUAGUGGUACAAUGUAUUGACCGCAUCCUCUCUGAUAUGAAAGCCAGUGACCUCAGACUUGAAAAUGAAGACAUCUAAAGGUGUUCACUACCAGUUCAUGGCAUCAACUUGAUUAAAAAAAAAAAGGAAAGAAAAAAAAAAAAAAAAGAUGUGAAGUCACCUCCGAUAGUUCCCGGCUCACUGGAAUUAAACAGUCAGCUGAUACCAGCUAAAGCAUGGUGAAGUCAUCACAUCGGAGGUAGUAAUGGACCAGAAGAUGCCAAUGUAACACUAAAAUACCAUGUACUUACAAAAAUAAAAAAGGUUUGUAUGUAAUCCCAACUUGUG